GAGAUGCUGUUUGCGUCAUAAGCAAGUUCAGUAGAAGAAGUAUGUUACGCUAGAUGAGACAGUCUCUAGGAGCUGGGUCGGAGACAAGACCGAGAAAAAUGGAGGAGGACAUUAGAAAGAAGGGGAUGCUGUAUUUACAACAGCAGCGCUUUGGGAAGAAAUGGCGAAAGGUCUGGUCCGUGUUGUACCGAGAGAGCUCCUGCUCCAUCUCCCGGCUUGAGUUCUUUGAGUUUAAAGAUGGAGCUGGCAGCACGCUGGAGAAAGCCAACCGCAAACAGGAAAACAAAAAGGUGAUAAAAAUGAACGACUGCAUUCGUGUUUCGGAAUCUGAUGUCGAAGGCUGUCCACGGGAUUGUGGACCCUUUUUGGUGGAAACAACAGAAAAGACAUUUGUUUUCGCCGUUGAGACAGCUGAACUGGAUGACUGGAUCCAGAAACUGUGUGAAAUCGCCUUUCCGAUGAGCUGGGCAGACAGAGGAGCAGUGAGAGGAAACAGUUUACAUGGUGAAUAUGAAGAUGUAACAAUGGCGGACAACACCCUCUACUGCAGCAGAGAAACUGCAAUGAAAGACUUUAAGGUGACAGUGAGGCGCACAGAGGCUUCUGAGAGAUGUGGCCUGAAAGGAACAGUGCUGUUACGGACUGAUUCUGACAGCCUUCUACUGAAAGAACCUAAGACAGGAGAGGUUCUCUACUCCUGGCCCUACCGUUUCCUCCGCAGGUUCGGACGAGACAAGGCAACAUUCUCCUUUGAGGCUGGGCGAAGAUGCGACUCUGGGGAAGGCAACUUUGAGUUCGACACAAAACAAGGCAACGCCAUCUUCCAAUCUGUAGAGGCCGCCAUCAAUCUACACAGAGUCCAUUUACCUGUGAAGCAGAUAUCGAGUGUGGAGCGAGAUCCCAUGCCCUCUUCACCUCGAAUGAGAGGUGAGGAACCGUCGGUCUACAGUAUGGUGACUGACGGAACAAUCAGAGACUGUCCCAAACCACCUCAGAACCCUCAGCUUUCCAGACUUGAAGCCCCUACAGAGAAGCUUCUGACGGGAGUCAAGAGUCUGACUCUGGACACCAGGCCUCCGCCACGUAAGAGCCAAGUCAAGAACUUCCGCAGCUGUCCCUUGGCCAAUACGGAAGAUGAGAUGUAUUCCCGGGCCAUGGCACCGGAUCCAGAUCGGGGAAGUCCAGGGGAGAAGAGAGAACCAAUAGACAGACGUUCCACAUGCUCCAACCCUGAGGACUCGGACUACUCACUGCCUUUUGACACCAUUGCCAAGAAUGUUAUGGUAGACAUUUUGUCCGCAUCAAACCCUCCACCUACUUUAGUGGAACCCAGUUGUGAAAAUGACAAGAAAGGCAACGCAGAGAACACAGAACCGCUUUAUGACAUUAUAGAUGAAACUGCUAUCAGAACCCGUUUCACAAAGAGAAAAACAAAUUCUUACAAAGUGGAGCACAUCUAUGAUGAACCGGAAGGUUGCGGUGUGGCCCCAAGUGUGCCUCCAUCUCUCUAUGAUGAACCGGAGGAGGUCAAAGGUCAUGCUUGGAAGAUGUUGGGCACAGUAAUGGAUCCGACCGGUCACGAGUACCCGUACAACGCUUCUGCGGACGACUAUGCGGUUCCUAAACCUCCCAGGAGAGCCUUGAUGUCAAAGCAAAGGGACAGUGAGGAGGAAGACGGUUCACCAUAUGAUAACAUCAUGGUGAAAGUGACACACAAAAAUAACUAAGAACUGCUUCAGAAUCUAAUAUAUGAGUAACCAUAAUGAUUGGUGAUGCUCAGUUAUGUGGCAUCUCCACUACAGAGACAAUGAAGUGAAAUAUUAUUGUGUGAAUGAAUGAAUGAAAUAUUUAAUCAAAUAAUAAGCAGAAUGGAUAAUGGUUAUCAGAGUGCUUUACUGAAUAAAAAAGGGAUUUUUUAUAUCUAGAA